AUGAUUCCGGGUGACGACCAACUGUUUGAGCUCGGGGAGGACACGACCCUCUCCGUGACGCGCCUGAAGCCCGCGGAAAUGCAGGACGACCGUGUGGUGCGGACACGAGUCGAACAAGACGAGCACGGACAGCUCAGCAAGGUUGUCCUAGAUCAUCGCAACCGUGUGACCACUGUGUACAGCAUCAAGAACAACGGGAGUCGGAGCGCCCCCUGCCAUUACAUCGAGCACACAGCUCGCACGGACUGCGGAGGCUUCUCGAUAACUUCUACAGAGCAUCGUGUGAAGCAGACGACGGGCUGGGCACGCUUCUGCCUCUCCGUGAAUCCCGAGGUAGCCGAGGAGGCCAACUACGAAGAGAGACUUCCCGUGACGGCACCGAGCAUUUCCAAGCUGCUCGGUGGUACAAGACGACGGGGUCCUCAGUGGCGAGUGCUUCAGGGCUCUGAAGCGGCCCUGGUCCAGCCACGGCAAGUCUCCGAGAAGCAGCUCCUAGGCUGGGAGCAGCGGGAGCCCUGUGAGGACCCGGAUGGCUUUGCCACGGAGGUGAGGGAGAUCUUGAGCCUUGGCCUGCGCUGCGUCUUUUUCAGGGCCCAGACACGCGAGCUCCUGCGCCAGGAUGCAGAGAUCUGGGAGAUCCAGCGCAGGCAGACCUUGGACAGCACUCGCGUCAACAAGAUCUUCGAUAGCCAGACGCGCCCACGCGAGAACAUCAAGUCAAUGGAGCAUGUUCGAACAGGCUCCCUUCUUGCGCGGUACAUGAGUGACAUGGACAAGGAAGAGAACGAUUUGAUUGCAACUCGCAAGAGGAUGGAGGAGUCGGAGGAAACAGUGGCGAAGAUGACGCAUGAAGCCUCUCGGCUUAUGCUGCAAAUCAUCAUGAAGACCAAGCAGCUGCAAAAGAAGGCUACGUGUCGACGACAAGAGUUACGUGCCGCCGCUCUCUGA